UUUAUAGGGUUUAUUUAGUGAAAAAUUUUAACUAUUUAUUACUAUUUAUGCUUCAUGUUACUGUUUUUGAAGUCGCGUCGCGGAAAAGUGACGUAUGAAACGCGCCAAAUUCAAAAUGAUUGAGUUAGACAAAACUUAGCUUUUGCACGGAUACGAGACUGCAGUUCUGUGUUUCGACGAUGCAARGGAGACUCAAACGGAACAAAAACAUUAAGGACUCUGUGACUAAAGACCAACAAACCGAGGUAAUCGUGUUGUCGAGCUGCUCCGAAGAUGAACAGCACCCAGAGAGGAGGACCUGCGGGGCGGGUUUGAAAACUGCACCAAUUUUCCUCCGUACGAACCAACUCAGGAGGAGAAAUCGAAGCUCCAAUGGGGAGUCUGAUCGACAGGCUGUACACAAACCAGUGCUCAUUCCUCCUGAUGUGGUGAGAAGUCCACCCGCAGUUUCCAAAGGACCUGAAGUGUCCUCCUGGAGUGGACACCUGCUGCCAUCAUGUUUGCGAAGAAGUGUCCUGGAAGAAAUCCGAGCAUCAAACCCAGCUUUUCCACUUCACACAGUUUUCAGCAGUUUGCAGAACAAAACGGGUCCAAGGCUGCAGGACUUGGGGUCUUCAGACUUCUUACAGAAGAGCUUAAACAAGAGGAUGCCAAAGCGUCUGAGGUCCAGUCUCUGUGCAGAGGCUGGGACAGGAUUCUGUCCACUGUCAGGACAGGGUGUCCAGGAGAGGACUGUCCUCAGUGGAAAGAAGCAACCUGGCAGCAAACUGAGUCGCAGCCACAGGCUGGAGCAUCAGAGGAUGGAUCAGACGGAGUUGGACACAGCCUCUGCUAUGAUCCAUGGAGAUGUCUGCUCUGGUGAACGUCUUUGGACGGAUAAAUACAGUCCUCGACAUUCAGGUGAAGUCAUUGGUCAUUCUGCCUCGGUAAACAAACUGCACAGCUGGUUGAAGAAAUGGAAACUUAGAGCUGACAGUGACGAGAGGAGGAAAGCAGAGGAAAGGAAACGAGAAGAACUCGCGUUUCAUAUUUCUGAUUCGUGGGACUGUGGAGACUUCCAGGGAGAGGCUUUAUUGGAUACUGCAGAGGAGGGACUAUUGCGUAACGCCGUGCUGCUUACAGGACCCCCGGGCGUGGGCAAGACUGCCUCAGUGUAUGCCUGCGCUCAGGAGCUCGGCUUCAAGGUGUUCGAGGUGAACUGCUCGUCGCAGCGCAGUGGCCGGCUCGUUCUGGCUCAGCUGAAGGAGGCCACCCAGUCUCACCUGGUGGAGGCGUCUGGAGAAGGUCCACUAAAACCAGCGUACUUCAACAAUUACAGCACCAACAGCUGCACUCCUAAACCCGAGGCUUUACUUGGAAAACUGCAGCUUCCUCGAAGUGCCCCGCUUGCCUUGAAAAGAAAGGCAGCUCGUAACUUGAGCUCACGCAGUCGCAGAAGAGCCAAAGCUGAACCCGCGGACGUCACUUUGGCUCACUACUUCAAGAUGAAGCAGAAAGCGGAUCACUUCCACGUUUCUGGCAUUUCCCAGUCUGGACAAUGCGAGUGGAAGAAAGCGACAGCCAACACACUGCAGGACUGUGAUCAGGCGGCGCCGCGGAGCACAAAGACGGCCACGUCUCUCAUCCUGUUUGAAGAGGUUGAUGUCAUAUUUGAGGAGGACGUUGGUUUCCUUGCAGCCAUCAAGGCUUUCAUAACGACCACUAAAAGGCCGGUUAUUCUGACCACCAAUGAUCCCUCUUUCAAAGAGAAAUUUGACUGCAGCCUGGAGGAACUCAUUUUCAAAACUCCUUCAGCAGUGAACGUGUGCAGCUACCUGCAGCUGGUGUGUCUGGCCGAACAGGUCCGAGCGGACCCRGACGACCUCAGCAGCCUCUUCAGACUGACGUGUGGAGACGUGAGACGCUGCCUGCUGCAGCUGCAGCUCUGGGUUCACAGCGGGGGAGGAUGCACCUCUCAGAUCGUGGGAAAAAACCAGUCACAGCAUUCAGAAACAAGUGCAGGAGGUGGUUCAGAUCCACAGUUUCCUCUGGUUCAAACAGGUUGUUCUGCCUACAUGUUGGGUCUCCACCCUGUAACCCUGAAAUAUCUUCUAAGCUUCUUAAAGUCUCAGUCUUGGACUCACACAGAUGUAGAGAGUCUUCUGAAACUCCUGGCUGAGAGCUGGAGAAGAGACGUGCCUCUUCUCUACACCAACCUGGAGCUCCUUCUGUCCGCUGGAGCUGCUGAAACGGACUCGCAGUUGCAGACUGAGCCCAGACGCUCUGACACGGACCUUCACGCCCAGAAACUGAACCAAAAUCCUGUUCCAGAGGGGUCAGUGCCCUGCAGCAAACCUGCCAGGACUGUAUCUCGCCUUAGCCGAAAGAGACACGCCAUGUUAGCCAAACCUGUAGGAGCGCGGUGUUUAAGUAGCGAACCUGAACUGCAGGCAGCCAGAGUGGCUGCGGACGCUUUAGGUGCCCUGGCAGAUUUCUUUGACCUCAUGUCUUGUAUCGACGCGCUGCCAGACGCAGGACGGCCUGUCUCACAYGGGCGUGAAGCGUUUGUCUGGACCGGAGCAGCAGUAAAGGACGGUUUGCUGGAUGAAAUCGGCGAGGAGGGCAGAGACAGCAGGAACCAGGAGAGGCUGCAGGAUAUCAAGGCAGCUGCUGAAGGCUUUGGGUUUCACCAGUGCUGCUGGAGAAUGUUUGAGGUGUGGAAAUACAAACAGGAGGACAAACUGCUGUUAGCUAGCUCCUCUAAACAACCCAACCUGAGCUUUACAGCCCAGCCUCUCUGGGCAUCAAGUUUAUCUGAAAGGAGCAGGAAGGUGAGCAGGAAGGUGCUCAGCAGUAAAUCCUUCAGCUUGUUGGGGAACCGACAGGCUGUCACUGUCGACUACAUGCCGGUCCUUCGCUUCUUCUGUGCACGACAAAAAACAGAACUGGGGAGGAGUUUGAACCACCGGAGCAGCGCUCACCUGGGCCUCUCUAGAUCAACCGUGCAGCUUCUGGCAGAAGAUUUCACUCUGAAAAACAUUUGGAAGAACACCUAAUUCUGACUUAUUGUACAGCGAUAACCCGAUAGAUCGUAUUUUAUAUUAAUAAAAGUAUAACUGAAAAGGCA